GUGACACAGCAGGCACUUGCGGAAAGCAAGUGGAAGCAGCUUUCACUAGCAGAAAACUCCACGUUAGAAAACUCCUAAGCUUAGUCAUAUUAAUAAGAUGGUCCCUGGGGUCUUGUACCUCGCAUUCAUUUCCUGGGUACUUAAGUCUGUGACAUCUUCAUACAUCACAACCCCAGAAGUGAUCCCUCAAAUGACACUCUCUUUAACGCCAUCACAUUUCACAGCCCUUGGCACUCCGGAGUUGAGCACAGUUUGCACAGAGGAAUGUGUCCAAGGAGAUUAUCUGGCAGAGCAAGGUGAUCAAAUGGACUACGAGACCACAUUUCCCAACGGGAGCCGCACACUCACUACACUGACCAUACACGUGCAGAGUGGUGGUAACAGGCUGUUGGAAAAUAAAAAACGCUCUUUAAGAUCUCGUAGGCAAAUCUAUGGUCCAGAUGUUCGAUUUUCUAUCCGCAGCCGUAGAUUCUUGAGAGAUGUCCCUUUUGCGGCAGCUGUGCGUGUGUCCACAGGCUGCACUGGAGUGCUGGUAACUGAACGCCACGUCUUAACGGCUGCCCACUGCAUCCACGAUGGACAAGACUAUGUACAAGGUGCACGCAAACUGCGCGUUGGUUUUUUGCACCCAGGACGGCGUCCCUCUUUGCGUUGGGUGCGUGUCAAAAGCACUCGAAUUCCCAGUGGCUGGAUAGGGGCUCCAGCAGAACUCAGCAUGGAUUAUGAUUACGCUCUUUUGGAACUCCGCCGGGCCCAGUCACAGCUUCCCAUGAAAAUUGCAGCAUCACCACCAGUGCAGGAGUUGGCUGGUGGACGGGUGCAUUUCUCAGGCUUUGACAGCGAUCGCCCGGGAGAACUGGUUUACCGCUCAUGUCGAGUGAAGCAGCAGACAGCGCACCUGCUUUAUCAACACUGUGACGCACGCCCAGGUGCCAGUGGCUCAGGUGUCUAUGGUCGGCUGAGGCAUAACGGUCGGUGGGAGAGGAAGGUGAUUGGGAUAUUCUCAGGACACCAAUGGGUGGAAGUGUCUGGUGAGCCAAAGGACUAUAAUGUAGCAGUCCGGCUAACACCCCUAAAGCAUGCACAGAUCUGCUACUGGAUCCGUGAAGCCAACUACAGCUGCAGAUAUGAAUGAUGGGAACAAAUGACUCAACAAAAUACCUCAUCACAAAGAAGGUUAUACACCAAAUGACACAUCUUGAACACAGGAAUGUAAAAUGAUUCUUUUAAGCCUUUAGUUACCUGUAAGUUGUAGUUGGCAGUAUUUUUGAGUUAAAUUGC